AUGGCUACCGAGAUCCCAACUUGCCGGUGGGGAGUAGUGUCAACUGGCCUCAUAUCUUCUUGGUUCGUCGAAGAUCUCAUGCUCAACCGACCAGACGCAAAAGCAAAACACAUUAUCCAAUGCAUCGGGUCCUCGUCUCUGGAAAAGGGCAAAGACUUUGCCGCCAAACAUUGCCCAAGUGCAAACCCAACCAUCUAUGCCUCAUAUGACCAGGUCUACUCCGAUCCAGAUGUGGAUUGCGUCUAUAUAGGCACUCCGCACUCCUUUCACAAAAGCAACUGUCUCGGUGCCAUUGCCGCGGGCAAGAAUGUUCUGUGCGAGAAGUCGUUCACCAUUAACGCCCGCGAGGCACGAGAGGUGCUUGAUGCGGCCAAGAAGAAAGGUGUUUAUGUCCACGAGGCAAUGUGGCUCCGGCAUCGACCUCUCGUGACCGAGUUGAGGAAGUUACUCUUUCAAGAUCAGGUCAUCGGGGAUGUCUUUCGCAUGUCAUCUGAUUUCAGCCUCCUGGUUCAUAUCCCUAGCUUGCCGGACACCUCACGGUAUAAAGACCCGAAGCUUGGUGCGGGCACGCUAUUAGAUACUGGCAUCUACCCCCUAACAUGGGCUUUUCUGGCCCUCGACCCUAACACACCUGAGAAUUCUGAAAGGCCGACUGUCUUGGCAACUCAGAGCCAUCUGCAUGGGGUUGAAGUCACCUCGAGCAUUCUGAUACAGUAUCCGUCGACUGGAAGACAGGGAAUCGUCAGUUCUACUACUAUGUCUGGUGGCAUGGGUGACGUGGUUUGCCGUAUCCAAGGCACAGAAGGGUACAUCGACGUGCAUGGCGCGGCACCAUCGCAUCCUCUGUCGUUUACCGUCUAUCGACGCAAAGAAAACACCAAGAAUGAUUUUGAAAGCAAGCACUACGACUACCCUCGCAUCGGCCGCGGAUUCUUUUACGAGGCAGACAAUACUGCCCUAGACAUCGCUGCUGGCCGGAAAGAGAAUGAGAUUAUGCCUUGGAAGGAGACCAUCCGUGUCAUGGAGAUUAUGGACGAGAUUAGAAAGCAAGGCGGAACCAAAUACCCCCAGGAUGAAGUGUUAGGGGGCUUGAUGAGCAUUGGGUCGUUAGCCUCGUGA